AUGCCUAUGUAUAACUUCGAACUGGCCAUCAAGCUCAGCCAGACCCAAAAAAUGGCUCUGGUGCGCAGAAUCACCGAUUGGCACGCAACCACCUUCAGGGCACCGAGAUUCAUCGUCAACGUCCGCUUCAUCGACGUGACCCAAGGCCCAUUGUCCGAUUCCUACGUCGGCGGUGUCCCGCGAAACAUCAACCGCCUGUUUGUCAGCCUUCGAAGUGGCACUAGCCGCACCCAGGAGCAGCUUGAAGGCAUGGCCGACAAGCUUGAGGGAUUCUGGAACGAGACUGUUGGAAAGGACUCGAUUACGAAGCAGCUCAAGGGUGUUUUCAUCAUGGGAGAGAUUGAUGUUGCAAAGGAAGCAGGGUUCCAUUUGCCUCUGCCUGGCCAUUUCGAGCAAUGGGUCAAGGAUAACACGGACGAGUUCAAGCGUAUGGCAGAAGAGGGCGAUCCUGAUGCGCAGCAGGUUGUUGAAGAAAUUGAGACCAGGCCUGAGUUCCAGAAGUAA